CCGAGUCCCCCCUCCUCUCUGUGAUGUCCCACCUGCUCUCCUUCCUGGAGCACUACGCCCAGCUGCAGCAGCUGCAAGAGAAGGCUGGCGAGUAUCGCUCCCGCCUGCGCAAGGAGGAGACUCGGCGUCGCAAGCAGCUGCGGGGGCUGAAGAGGGCCUACCGGCAGCGGGUGAAGGACAAGCUCGGCCUGAUCGAGAGUCUGGAGGGCAUCAUCUCGGAGCAGCAGGGCCUCCUGGAGAAGACCCACGAAGGUAUGAAGCUGCCCUCGGCCUGCCUGCUGUACCCAGUGGCCCCUGCGGGCGUGCAUCAGCUGGUGGAGUCCAUCAGUGCCCUGCAAGGGGAGAGGAGCCGACUGGCAGAGGAGGUUGCCAGCCUCAGGCAACAGGCAGAAGAGAGGGAGAAGGAAAAGCACCGGCUGGCAGGCGGCUUCCGCCAUCAGAGCCCGACCCGCCUUGUGCUCCUUUCUUGGCAGAUCCAAGACCUGAAGCAGCAGAUUCAAGAGCGGGAGGAGGAACUGGAGCGCCUUCGCCUGGGCACGGGAGUGACGGACUCCGAGAAGCGGAUCCACAACCUGAUGGUGGAGAACGAGGGCCUGAAGCAGAGCCUGGAGGUCACCCAGGGGCUCCUGCAGCAGCUGGUCACCGUGUCGGCUCAGCCCCCUGCCCUGAUGGCCAAGGAGAACGAGGACCUCCGCACCAGAGUGCAGCAGCUGGAGGCCACCUUGCAGAAGAAGGUGGAGGAACUCAUGUGCCUGGAGGUGCAGAUGGACAGGCUGCAGUGGCGUAAGGAGGAGGAGGUGCGCCACCUGGAUGAGCGCCUGCGUGGGCUCCAACUCUCUCUGGAGGCACACAAGAACCAGCCGCCCGAGGUGCAGUACGUCACCAAGAUGGUGGAGGUGGAUUCCCCGCGCACCCUGCAGGGUCUGGCAGAAGCUGAGGAACGGAACAGGACCUUGAUGGCUCAGCUCUCCAGCCAGGUCCAGCGGUGCCAGCAGCUGACGGAGCAGCUACAGAGCUCGGAUGAGGUGGCAGCUGGCUUGCGGCACAAGAUUUCCACCUACGAGGCUGAGAUCGCAGGGCUACGGCAGGACCUGCUUCGUGAGAUCAACCAGCUGGAAGCGCGGAAGGAAGAGGCCGUCCAUGAGGCCUCUCAAUGCUCUGAGCAGCACCUCCAACACUUGCGGGAACAGCUUGCAGGUGUGCGCCAGCGUCUGGACACACUCCAGCCUCUCCUCAGGGGCAUGAAAUCCGACUAUAACAGCCUGCGUGGACAGGUGCGCACCUUUGCCGACUGCUAUGAAGCCGCGCUUGGUGAGGCCCGGCAGCAGAUGUGCUCUGCCCUGGACGAGGCCACACAAGCCAACCAGUCUCUGCAAGGGCGCUACCAGCGAGAGAUGCUGCUUCACAAGAAAUGCCAAGACCAGCUGCUGGAGCUGAAAGGAAACAUCCGGGUGUUGUGCCGCCUGAAACCACUGACCAGCAUGGAACAGCAGGAGGGGGAGGUGGGCGCCACGGUGGACGCUGAUCCUGCAGACAACGGCUGUGUCAUGGCCUGCUACAAGGGGAAAGAGCGCUCCUUCAAGCUGGACAAGGUCUUCCUGCCACAGGCCACCCAGGAGGAGGUCUUCCAGGAGAUUGAGCCCCUGGUGAUGUCCUGCCUGAAUGGGUACAAUGUCUGCAUCUUCGCCUACGGGCAGACGGGCUCGGGCAAGACCUACACCAUGGAGGGCAUCCCGGACAACCCUGGGAUAAACCAGCGGGCACUGCAAGCCCUCUACCGGGAGAUGGAGGCCAAGAGGGAGGCCUGGAAAUACACCGUCAGCCUCAGUAUGGUGGAGAUCUACAAUGAGGCGAUCAGGGACCUCCUGGCCAAAGAUCCCCAUGAGAAACUGGAUGUCAAGUUGAACCCGGACGGGAGUGGCCAGCUGCAUGUCCCGGGCCUGACCUGCGUGGAAGUGGGGAGCUUCCGCGAGAUCAAAAAGAUGCUGUCACUGGGGAAGCGGAACCGGGUAACCUCUUCCACCAACAUGAACGAGCGCAGUUCCCGCUCCCACGCUCUGCUUACGGUCACCAUCACCAGUACGGAGCUGGCCAGUGGCACCAAGAUCACAGGGAAGCUGAACCUGGUGGACCUGGCUGGCUCUGAGCGGGUGUGGAAGUCGGGGGCGCAGGGAGAGCGGCUGAAGGAGGCCCAGAACAUCAACAAGUCCCUGCUGGCCUUGGGCGAGGUGAUCCAGGCCCUGCGAGCCAAGCAGGCACACGUCCCCUUCCGCAACUCCAAGCUCACCUACCUGCUGCAGGACUCCCUGGGCAAAGGCAGCAAGACUGUCAUGAUGGUGCAGAUUUCCCCGCUGGAGAAGAACAUGGGGGAAUCCAUCUGCUCCCUGAAGUUUGCCCAGCGUGUGUGCAAAGUGGAGCUGGGCCCAGCCUCCCGCCGUGUUGACUCGUCCGCCCAACGUGAUGCCUGAGCCCC